UCGGAAUCGUUGCUUCGAUUCGUUCGUCGGUUAUUAGGAUCGAGCAUGAUUCUGUUUCUUAUCCUGUGAAUCGCUCUCUCAGAACUGGAAGUGGUUUCGCUCGGGACGGGGACGAAGUGCAUCGGGCGUUCUCUGCGGAGCCUCCACGGCGACGUCGUGAACGAUUCUCAUGCUGAGAUCAUCGCGCGGAGAGCUCUGAUGAGGUACUUGUAUGCUGAGAUCCAACGACUUAAGAUGUCUGACGGUGAUGAUGGAAACGGCCAUGGGAGCGACCGAUUUCGAUGCGGCGGUGAUGUUCGUGAUCGUGAAUCGCCGCUCGAGCCGAUCCCAGAAGGCCACGGCGAGGGGAAGUACAGAAUGAGGGUGGGUUGGCAAUUGCAUCUGUACAUAUCGCAGUUGCCAUGUAAUUCCUGGAAAUAGCUCAUGGCUUCCCCUACUAUGUUAUGGCGGAGUUGCUCCUCCCCCUCCCUGUUGCCUCAUAAAAUAUCUGCAAUGAUGGAAGAAAAUGAAGUCAAGGUACCAUCAAUGGUGGAAGACACGGGAAGAACGGUUUCAGAGGAUAUGUUGAAUAAACAUGGAGAUGAGUUACCAAUCGUUGCCUCUGUUCAGAGAAAGCCUGGACGUGGUGAUGCUACACUGUCAGUCUGUUGCUCAGAUAAGAUAGCAAGAUGGAACAUUGUUGGUGUUCAAGGUUCUUUGCUUUCCUACUUCCUCGAACCAGUUUACCUGUCUUCUGUGAUAGUUGGACGGUCUCCAAAUAAUUCUGAAGACAUUUUGGUGCAGAAUAAGUUGCAGCAUGCUCUAUAUGAAAGAUUAUCAUGCUUUCCACAAGAGCAAUUAAGUCCCUUCCGAUUGAACAAGCCAUUGUUCCUGGUGGGCCCAAUACCACUGGUGGAAUUCCAGCAUUGUGAGAGUGCUGCGGCGACUCUAACAUGCGGGUAUUCAUUAUGUUGGAACAAGUGCUUGCAUGAGGUUAUUCUUGGAACCACGGGAAGGAAACAAGGUACCUCUGCCAAGGGGGCACGCUAUCCAUCAACCGAGUCAUCUUUUUGCAAGAGGCAGUUAUUGGAGAUAUUCUUGUCACUCAAGCAUGAGGGCGCAGCCAAUGAGCCAUGCAAGGAGACUACUUAUCGAGAAUACAAGGAAGGAGCUCAGUCUUACAGGUCAGCUUCGAAGGCUCUAAAAGAUACACCCUUUUUAACAAUUGGCUGUUGAAACCACUCAAUCAUGAGGCUUUUACUAUCAUGAGAUAGUAUAUUGUCAAUGAUCAUAAGGUAUUCUUGCUUUGGUUAUCAUUUCAUUUUUCCUUUAACCAUACAUUUUUGUAAGAGAAUAUUUCUUUAGUGUUCAACUCAUUAUCAGGACUGUCCAGUUAAUCCAAAUAGUGACAAAAAUACUCUGAUUUACUGAAAAGUAGAGGUUAAGCAUUUAACUCCCUCCAUAACUAAUCUGGAUUCGCAUGAAACUGCUGAAAAAGUUUUCAAGUUUUGCACUCAGCUAUUCAUCUCAUAUACAAAUUGUAUGUCCCACCUUCUGAACAUGCAAUCCUGCGAAGUUUCUGGAGAUUUGUUAUGUGAUUACAUGUUUCCCCUUUUGUCGUCAUAGUGAAACAUCAACUUGUAGCCAAGUUGUCUUCAAAA